AUGGAUAUUAGAAAAAUGUUGUUUGAUGAUAGCAUUGGGAAGAAACAGGGAUUAGUAUGGAGGUUUGAGGGAUGUAAUGCAGGUACAGAUACUGAUGUGAGUCCCCCAGUUACAGAGACUCAUGCAAUCAUAGUUGCUCCUCCUAUCCCUAAGGUUGUACCCAACACUUCUUGCAAAUCCAGUCCCAAAAAAAACAGAACAUCUCCACGACAAUCACAACCAUCACACUCCAAAACUGCCAAUCCUUCCAAGACAACCAAACCUGUGAAGAAGAACAACUCCCCAAAAGCCACCAAGCCCACCAAGCCCACCAAGCUCACGAAGCCCACCCAGCUCACCAAGCCCACCAAAAUCAGCCAGCCCACGAAAUCCAGUCAGAACACCAAAUCAGAUAGGAGCAAGAAGCAGAAACUGUCCAAGAGACCAAGUAUUUCCAGGAGACCCUGCACACGGUCUGCUUCUAGAGGAUUUACUAGCAAAGUGUUUAACAAUGAAGUUCCCUUUGAUGUAUCUUCUGAUUCCUCUGAUAGUGAAGAGGAUAGCAUGUUCAAGCCAGGUCCGGAUGAGGGUAGUUCCUCUGAAUCUGAGGCUACAGGGAAUGAUCCUAAAACUGGGAGUAGGAUUAGGAGAAACAUGAUACAUGCUACGGUGGGUAAGAGAAAUAUUAGUCCACUAGGUAAAGGGAAUGAGAAGAUAUUACAUGAAGACGAUGGUUUGGUGGAGGAGGUGAGCGACGCUGAGGUUGACCUUGGGUUUGUGGGUUGUGUUCAUGAAGGGGUAGAGGAUGGCCUAGACCCAGGUGUUGACUCAGAUGGCACCAAUUCUUGGCACUCGGAGGAGAUGAAGACGCCUCCAAACUCAGAAGAUGAGCUGGAGGAAGGAAAUGAAUCUGAAGAGGCAAGUCCGCUGUUUAGGGAGGGUGCAAGGUUUGGAGAGCUGCACCUUGAGGUAGGGAUGAAGUUCGGAACUAAAUGGGAAUUUAGAGAAGCUGUGAGAGAAUAUACAAUCCAAGAGGGAAGGAGCAUAAAGAUAGUGAAAAAUGAUAACAUUAGGUGCAGGGCGGUGUGUAAGGUGAAAGAGUGCCCAUGGGUGGCUUAUGCAUCAAGAGACCAUGAAGACACAUGUUGGCAAAUUAAGACAUUCAAUGAUGACCACACUUGCCCAAGAGAGGACAAGAAUAGGGCUGCCAACAGGAAUUGGGUAUGCAGCAAGCUUGUGAAGAAGGUGAGAAAGUAUCCAAAUUUUAGACACUGCGAGGCUACAACUUACUUCAAGACACGGUUUGACUUGACUCUGAAUAAAAACUCAAUAUCCAGGGCAUUAAUGGAUGCAAGAAGUGUAGUGUAUGGGGAUGAAAAAGAACAAUAUAGGAUGGUUAGGGAUUAUGGUAUGACACUGUUGAAGAGUAAUCCCGGUUCCACUGUACAAAUAUGCACCACCCCCCAACCAGAUGGUGAAGUUACCUUUGAUAGAAUGUAUAUAUGCUUAAGUGGCUGCAAAAACGGGUUCAAGGCUGGUUGCCGUCCUUUGAUAGGUUUGGAUGGUGCUUUCCUGAAGACCCGGUUUGGUGGACAGAUUUUGUCAGCCGUGGGGUUAGAUGCUAAUCAUCAUAUCUAUGUCAUAGCCUGGGCUAUUGUCAGAGUGGAGAAUACAGAGACAUGGAGAUGGUUUCUCGAGCUACUUCAUCAGGACUUGGGUCAUUAUAAAGAGCAUGACUGGUGCUUCAUAUCGGAUAUGCAAAAGGGACUGAUAUCAGCAGUGAAAGCGGUGAUGCCUGAUGUGCAUCACCGUUUCUGCGUCUGGCAUUUAUGGAAAAAUUUCAACAAGAACUGGAAGGACUUACAGCUAAGAGGACUUCUGUGGGAAUGUGCAAGGGCAACAACAUACCAAGAAUUCAGGGAUGGAAUAUACUUUCUUCAGCCAUAA